AUGUCGUUUGUUUAGUUUCGAAUUCCGACAUCAUCGUUCUGAAUCUGUCGCUGCAACUUGCAACUGAGAAGGAAUGCACAACAGCACACAACAAGAUUCGAUGCAAUGAACUUCGUGAUUUCAAAGAAUCCUGUUAAUCUUCUCAACUAUCACUCACCGUGUUCGCUUCUUCGUUUCCAUGUUCCUUCGCUUCUUCGCAGUUCAACCACGAAAUGGACACGUGGCUCUGAAACUCUCAGGUUGAGAGCUUCGUGUGCUUCUUCUACCUCAGCUGGUUGCUAUGGAGGCUGGGAUGAUCUUAGCGGCUCAGAAGCUCCAGGUGAGUUCGAUACGUUGCGCGAUUUUCUUGUUUCAAUCGGAAUCGAUGAUAGGAAGCACGUUUUCGUGUUUUUAUUGGGCCUUGUUUGUGCGAUGGCGAUUUCUAGAGUUAAGGUUUCUACUUUCCUUGUUCUUCCUGCUUCCGUGUUGCUUUUAGCUGUUGGAUUUGCAGCAGGGUCUUUUCAGAAUGGAACCUUUGGUGAAGUGAGGGUGAGUGGAAGUAAGAAGAGGGAAAAGGAAAAGGAGGAGAAUUUGAAAUUGCCCUUUGAGAAAUUGAGGAGCGUGGAUGAAUUUUUUGAUGAGAUUGAUCUUGUGAUUGGUAACUUGAAGAGUGAUGUUCAAAGUGCUAUCAGGAAUAAGAAGAUUCAAGUGGAUGAUUUGUGUGGUUAUGUUGAAGUCACUGAUAGGAUAAAAUUGUCUGCUUUGAAUGCUAGGAACAUUGUUAAGACUUUAAUCGACGAUGAGGAGAAGGCUAACGGCGCGUUGGUUGAGAACCAUAAGAGCGGUAGAAGGAAGAAACAAGUUGGAGAAGCUGGGUAUCAGAUGUUAAAAUCUAUUAGUAGUUUGUUUGGGGAUGAUUUGCGAAGCUCCAAUUCCACCAAAGUCAGGGAAAAUGUGGACAGAGAAUUGGAUCAAACUAAAGGAAAUGGUGGUGUGCCGCCAGUUGAAGAUAGGACUUUAAAUUUGGUUGAUGAUAGUAAAGCAAAUGGCAAGUUGGGUUCUUCUCAAGACUUGGUUACUGAUUCUGUUUUGGGUAUGGGCAGAUAUGGAAGAAUGAAAAACAAUCCUGAGAUAGAAAGUUUUGACUUGGGGGACAAUCGCAGAAGCACUAACAAGUUCCCUGGUGAAAAUAAGUAUAGUUACCCGAACAAAGGAUUGAGGUUCACAAAUAAUCACAGCUUCUCUUUGAAGAUGGAUUCGAGCAGCACGACUGAUAUGUGGGAAUCCCGCGACAAUGUGCUUGAUUCUGAAGGCUUUAAAGUCAGAAUGAAACACAUGGAAAGCGAGUCUUCCUAUAUGCGCAAGGAGUUGCUUGAUCAAAGCCAUGAAACUUUCAGGUCUUCUCACGACAAGAGGGAGAGUAUGUCUGAUAGAUCUCGGUAUGCACAGGAUAGGGUGGAUUAUGGUGACCAUCGCCAUCUUGCCAAUGACUUGUCUGAAGGUGAGAAUGAAUUCAAUUCCCCUUCAUCUGCAAAAGUCUCAGAUGAUGUGAUGUUUGAUAGGUAUCUUGCUGAAGCAACAGACCUUCUAAAAGAAGCAAAAGAGUUUGUUAAGGGUAGACAUGAUGAAAAGCAAGCUGAAAUCCUGUUAUACAGGUCUGCAAACUUACUAUCCAAAGCUGUGGACUUGAAACCAAUGAGUUUAUUGGCUGUGGGACAGUUAGGGAACACUUAUCUUCUUCAUGGAGAAUUGAAGUUGAAGAUUAGCCGUGAAUUGAGAACUCUUCUUUCAGGAAGAAUCCAACCAUCAUCUAGAAAGCAUAGAAGAAUAUUGAAUGAACUGCAAACUAAUAUUACCAGUGAAGAAGAAGUUACACAAUUGCUUAUUGAUGUGUGUGAAGAGUGUGAAGAGCUACUGGUUGAGGCAGGUAGAAAGUAUAGGUUGGCGUUGUCAAUUGAUGCAAAUGAUGUGAGAGCCCUCUAUAACUGGGGCCUUGCUCUCUCUUUCCGUGGCCAAUUGAUAUCGGAUAUUGGGCCGGGUGCAUCUUUUGAGGCUGAAAGGGUAUUCUUGGCUGCAAUUGAUAAGUUUGAUGCUAUGCUGGUGAAAGGCAAAGUUUAUGCACCGGAUGCACUGUUCAGAUGGGGUAUGACAUUGCAGCAAAGAUCUCGCUUAAGGCCAGGAAGUAGUAAAGAGAAGGUGAAGUUACUGCAACAGGCUAAAAGGCUAUAUGAAGAUGCGCUUGAUAUGGACUCUAAUAACAUUCAAGUGAAAGAUGCCUUAUCCUCGUGUGUCUCUGAACUUAACUAUCGACGAUAUUAGUCUAUUCAUGGAAAGUGUUAUCCAGAAGAAUCAGUUUGCUUUCAAUUCCAGCUACUAUGGUAUAUCUGCUCUGGAUCCAGCACCUGCAGGAGAAUGAGUUGUGAAUCCCAGUUUCUUCGUCUUCUUCCUGAAUCUUCAUAGAAUUAGACAAAGACAGAAAUAAUAAUACAUGUAACAACAGUAAUAAUAAAUGUCAAAGGAAACCAUUUUUGUUGUCUUUUCUCUAUCCUAGAAUUCUUAUCAGUGUCAAUGUUGUACCAAUAGCAUGAAUUCCCACUAUCAAUGUAAGAAAUAAUUAUCAACGUUAAAUAUAUUUUUAGAUCAUCUAAUAUCAGAGAGUUUUGAUUUUAGCCCCUA